CGGGUCUCCGUCGCCUCUCCGAGAAGGGGGAGACGCAGGGGGCAGGGCGGGGCCCCGGCGGAUGCGCCCCCCGCCGCCUCUCGGGCUGCGCCGCCUCGCGGGGAUGAAGCACCGGCCGUGAAGAUGGAGGUGACCUGCCUGCUACUUCUGGCGCUGAUCCCCGUCCACUGCCGAGGACAGGGCGUCUACGCUCCAGCCCAGGCCCAGAUCGUCCACGCAGGCCAGGCGUGUGUGGUGAAAGAGGACAACAUUAGCGAGCGCGUCUACACCAUCCGGGAGGGCGACACCCUGGUGCUGCAGUGCCUCGUCACCGGGCACCCCCGGCCCCAGGUGCGGUGGACCAAGACUGCGGGGAGCGCGUCCGACAAGUUCCAGGAGACAUCCGUGUUCAAUGAGACCCUGCGCAUCGAGCGCAUCGCGCGCACGCAGGGCGGACGCUACUACUGCAAAGCCGAGAACGGCGUGGGCGUGCCCGCCAUCAAGUCCAUCCGCGUGGACGUGCAGUACCUGGACGAGCCGGUGCUGACGGUGCACCAGACAGUGAGCGACGUCCGGGGCAACUUCUACCAGGAGAAGACCGUGUUCCUGCGCUGCACCGUCAACUCCAACCCGCCGGCCCGCUUCAUCUGGAAGCGCGGCUCCGACACCCUGUCCCACAGCCAGGACAACGGCGUGGACAUCUAUGAGCCCCUCUACACCCAGGGGGAGACCAAGGUCCUGAAGCUGAAGAACCUUCGGCCCCAGGAUUACGCCAGCUACACCUGCCAGGUGUCUGUACGCAACGUGUGUGGCAUCCCGGACAAGGCCAUCACUUUCCGGCUCACCAACACCACGGCACCACCAGCCCUGAAGCUGUCUGUGAAUGAAACGCUGGUGGUGAACCCUGGGGAGAAUGUGACGGUCCAGUGUCUGCUGACAGGCGGCGAUCCCCUACCCCAGCUGCAGUGGUCCCAUGGGCCGGGCCCGCUGCCCUUGGGGGCUCUGGCCCAGGGUGGCAUCCUCAGCAUCCCUUCAGUGCAGGCCCUGGACUCUGGCUACUACAACUGCACAGCCACCAACAAUGUGGGCAACCCCGCCAAGAAGACCGUCAACCUGCUGGUGCGAUCCAUGAAGAACGCCACAUUCCAGAUCACCCCAGACGUGAUCAAAGAGAGUGAGAACAUACAGCUGGGCCAGGACCUGAAGCUCUCGUGCCACGUGGACGCGGUGCCCCAGGAGAAGGUGGCCUAUCAGUGGUUCAAGAACGGGAAGCCGGCACGCAUGUCCAAGCGGCUGCUGGUGACCCGGAACGACCCUGAGCUGCCUGCGGUCACAAGCAGCCUCGAGCUCAUUGACCUGCACUUCAGCGACUAUGGCACCUACCUGUGUGUGGCUUCCUUCCCAGGAGCACCUGUACCCGACCUGAGCGUUGAAGUCAACAUCUCCUCUGAGACAGUGCCUCCCACGAUCGAGGCUGCUCUGCUGCCCUCGGGGCUGCCCGUGGAGGAGACCCCGGACGGGAAGCUGCGGCUGGAGCGCGUGAGCCGCGACAUGAGUGGGACCUACCGCUGCCAGACGGCUCGCUACAAUGGCUUCAACGUGCGCCCCCGCGAGGCCCAGGUGCAGCUGAACGUGCAGUGUGAGUCCCACUGUCCUACGGGUCCCUCCCGAGCUGUCCCUCCUGUUCCCGCCAGGCCUGUCCCCUCUUUACCCCUCCACCCACCCAGUCCCCCAACGCCUCCACCUACUCUGCUACCCCUUGUGUCCGAAGAAUCGCUGCUCUGUCUUUACCUUGGCCUUGCCACUGCAUUCUCACCAACUCUUGGAAAAUUCAAUCUCCCUUUUCUCCAUCUCCCACCUUCCCUCCGACCCACCCUCAUCGUCCCCAAACCCCUUUCCCCUCAUCUCGUCUCCUCACAAUAUUCUCUUUCUCUCCCCAUCUCAUCUCUCUGUCCCACCCUGUCCUGUCUCCCCCUCCCAUGCCUCCUCUCUUUGUCUCUCCCCAUUCCCCACCCUCCAUGGCCCCAUGCCCCCCUCCCCGCCCUCUUAGCCAAAGCCUACAGCCCGGAGUUUUACUUCGACACCCCCAACCCCACCCGCAGCCACAAGCUGUCCAAGAACUACUCCUACGUGCUGCAGUGGACCCAGAGGGAACCUGACGCCGUCGACCCCGUGCUCAACUACAGGCUCAGUGUCCGCCAGUUGAACCAGCACAGCGCCAUGGUGAAGGCCAUCCCCGUGCGGCGUGUGGAGAAGGGGCAGCUGCUGGAGUACCUGCUGACUGACCUCCGCGUGCCCCACAGCUACGAGGUCCGCCUCACGCCCUACACCACCUAUGGGGCCGGUGACAUGGCCUCCCGCAUCAUCCACUACACAGAGCCUAUCAACUCUCCCAGUCUGUCAGACAACACCUGCCACUUCGAGGAUGAGAAGAUCUGUGGCUACACCCAGGACCUGACAGACAACUUUGACUGGACUCGGCAGAACGCCCUAACCCAGAACCCCAAGCGCUCUCCCAAUACCGGUCCCCCCACUGACGUCAGCGGCACCCCUGAGGGCUACUACAUGUUCAUUGAGACUUCGAGGCCCCGGGAGCUGGGGGACCGGGCGCGGUUGGUGAGUCCCCUGUACAACGCCAGCGCCAAGUUCUACUGCGUCUCCUUCUUCUACCACAUGUACGGGAAGCACAUCGGCUCCCUCAACCUCUUGGUCCGGUCUCGGAACAAAGGAGCCCUGGACACACAUGCGUGGUCCCUCAGUGGCAAUAAGGGCAACGUGUGGCAGCAGGCCCACGUGCCCAUCAACCCCAGUGGGCCCUUCCAGAUUAUUUUUGAGGGGGUUCGAGGCUCUGGCUACCUGGGAGAUAUCGCCAUAGACGAUGUCACACUGAAGAAGGGAGAGUGUCCCCGGAAGCAGAUAGAUCCCAAUAAAGUGGUGGUGAUGCCGGGCAGUGGAGUGCCCCACCGGCCCCGCCCACAGCUCUGGGGGCCCGCGGCCAUCUUCCUCUUGGCGCUGCAGAGAUGAUGAGAGCUGCGCGGCCCCCCACCCCGCCCCUGGCACACCAAAGUGUCUGCAUCGUACCAAAGACUGACCUCUGCCAGCCGGGGUGCCCGGGGCAGGGGCGGCCCACAGGGAGGGGCCUCCGUCGGCUGCGAGGAUGAGCAGAGAACAAGGACAGCGGCCCGCGGAGGCCCUGCAGACGCGCACACUCACGCCCACACUCACACAGAGAUAUAUUAAAGCACAAGUUUCUAUCCGA